AUGUUCAAGGUCUGUCAAAUUGGAACUCUAGAUGUGUUGUCCUGUGAGUAUGUUUCGGGUCAGGAGAAGCUCAGCAGGCAGGGUGCCGUGGGAAAUGGCUGUGUGGCGGAGGAGCGCAAACAGCUCCUCAGGAGACGGACGUCAGGCCACGGUCAUGCCAGGAGGAGAGCCAAGUCUAAUUCCAAGCUCAAGUUGGUCCGAAGUCUGGCAGUAUGUGAGGAAUCCUCCACUCCAUUUGCUGAUGGGCCACUGGACACCCAGGAUAUAAUUCAAUUGCACAUCAGCUGUGCCUCUGACAAGGAGGAAGAAAAAUCCACAAAGGAUGUCUCUGAAAAGGAAGACAAGGACAGAAGCAAAGAGAAGGUCCCAAGGAAGAUGCUGUCCAGAGACUCCAGCCAAGAAUAUACUGACUCCACUGGAAUAGACCUCCAUGAAUUCCUUGUCAAUACACUGAAAAAGAACCCAAGGGACAGAAUGAUGCUGCUAAAAUUAGAACAGGAGAUUCUGGAGUUUAUCAAUGACAACAAGAACCAGUUCAAGAAGUUUCCUCAGAUGACAUCCUACCACCGGAUGCUGUUACACCGGGUAGCUGCCUAUUUCGGGAUGGACCACAAUGUUGACCAGACCGGGAAAGCUGUCAUCAUCAACAAAACCAGCAACACGAGAAUCCCCGAACAGAGAUUCUCAGAACACAUAAAGGAUGAGAAGAAUACAGAGUUUCAGCAGAGGUUCAUUCUCAAGAGAGAUGAUGCCAGUGUGGACCGAGAUGAUAACCAGAUCAGAGUUCCAUUGCAGGAUGGAAGGAGGAGCAAGUCAAUAGAAGAGAGAGAGGAGGAAUAUCAAAGGGUCCGAGAGAGAAUAUUUGCCCGAGAGACUGGCCAGAACGGAUAUCUAAGUGAUGUCAGACUCUGCAAAGAAGCCUUUUCUUCUAGCUCUCACAGGAGAAGGCAGAUUUUUAGGGGGAACCGUGAAGGGCUGAGCCGCACCUCAAGCAGCCGACAGAGUAGCACAGACAGCGAACUCAAAUCCCUGGAGCCCCGGCCUUGGAGCAGCACAGACUCGGAUGGCUCUGUCCGCAGCAUGCGGCCUCCUGUCACCAAAGCCAGCAGCUUCAGUGGAGUCUCCAUCCUCACCCGAGGUGACAGCGGCAAAGGUAUGGCACUAGGUGCCCCAGAAGUGUGCAGCCAGGCCACCUCACCCCAGUCUGUCCGGGGCCUUCUCCCUUGUACUGUGCAGCAGCAGCAGCAGCAGCAGCAGCAACAGCAACAGCAGCAACUUCCUGUUCUCCCACCCACUCCUCAGCAGCAGCCACCCCUGAGUAAUCCCAUGAUCUCACAGCCAGUCCCGGCCCUGCAGCCCUGUCCGCAGCCUGCUCAGUUCUCUCCAAGCUCCUGUCCCCAAGUCCUUCUGCCAGUGUCUCCGCCCCAGCAGUACAGCAUGGCAGAUGACCUCAGCAACCCCUUUGGACAAAUGAGCCUUAGCCGCCAAGGUUCUACUGAAGCAGCUGAUCCGUCCUCAGCUCUGUUCCAGCCCCCACUCAUUUCCCAGCAUCCUCAGCAAGCUAGCUUCAUCAUGGCUUCUGCAGGACAGCCCCUCCCUCCUUCCAACUACUCCGCCUCCAGCCAUGCACCACCUAGUCAGCAAGUCCUGCCUCCCCAAGGCUACAUGCAGCCCCCUCAGCAGAUCCAGGUUUCUUACUACCCCCCGGGACAGUAUCCUAAUUCCAACCAGCAAUACCGACCUCUCUCUCACCCGGUGGCCUAUAGCCCCCAGCGUGGUCAACAGCUGCCUCAGCCAUCCCAGCAGCCUGGUUUACAGCCUAUGAUGCCUAACCAGCAGCAGACGGCUUACCAAGGCAUGCUUGGGGUCCAGCAGCCUCAGAACCAGGGUCUCCUCAGCAACCAGAGGAACAGCAUGGCAGGCCAGAUGCAAGGCCUCGUGGUUCAGUACACUCCACUGCCUUCAUACCAAGUCCCAGUGGGCAGUGACUCACAAAAUGUGGUCCAGCCACCUUUCCAGCAGCCCAUGCUGGUCCCUGCCAGCCAGUCUGUGCAAGGAGGCCUCCCAGCCGGGGGUGUGCCAGUAUACUACAGCAUGAUCCCACCAGCUCAGCAGAACGGUACGAGCCCCUCCGUGGGGUUUCUACAGCCUCCUGGCUCCGAGCAGUACCAGAUGCCUCAGUCUCCCUCUCCCUGCAGCCCACCGCAGAUGCCACAGCAGUACUCAGGAGUGUCACCUUCGGGACCAGGUGUGGUGGUCAUGCAACUGAAUGUCCCUAGUGGACCCCAGGCCCCCCAGAAUCCAUCCAUGGUCCAGUGGAGUCACUGUAAAUAUUACAAUGUGGACCAGCGAGGUCAGAAGCCUGGAGACCUGUACAGCCCUGACGGUAACCCCCAGGCCAAUGCACAAAUGGGCAGCAGCCCCGUCACAUCUCCUUCCCAGUCUCCAGCACCCUCUCCUGUCACCAGCCUCAGCAACGUCUGCACUGGACUCGGUCCCCUGCCUGUCCUCACACCAUUCCCCCGGCCUGGGGGUCCUGCACAGGGUGAUGGGCGCUACUCCCUAUUGGGUCAGCCAUUACAAUACAAUCUGUCCAUCUGCCCUCCCUUGCUGCAUGGCCAGUCAACUUACACGGUGCACCAGGGACAGAGUGGACUGAAGCAUGGGAGCCGGGGCAAGAGACAAGCACUCAGAUCUGCCUCCACUGACCUGGGCACAGCAGACGUUGUGCUGGGAAGGGUGCUGGAGGUGACAGACCUCCCUGAAGGGAUCACCCGCACAGAGGCGGACAAACUCUUCACCCAGCUUGCCAUGUCUGGUGCCAAGAUCCAGUGGCUUAAGGAUGCUCAGGGGCUGCCUGGUGCAGGUGGCGGGGACAACAGUGGGACAGGAGAGAAUGGCCGCCACUCGGACCUCGCUGCCUUGUACACCAUAGUGGCUGUAUUCCCCAGCCCCCUGGCCGCCCAGAAUGCCUCCCUUCGCCUCAACAACUCUGUGAGUCGUUUCAAACUUCGAGUGGCCAAAAAGAACUACGACCUGAGGAUCCUGGAGCGAGCGAGCUCCCAAUGAAUGGAGGAGGGAGGGACUGGCCCGGGAGCACGGGGGCAGUGGAGGCAGCCAAGGCAGACGACCGGGCCAGAGCCUGCCACCUCACGGCUGAAGAGAGAAGCAGACAGAGUCCCACACCGGCAUGGGACUCCUUGCCAUGGGUCCCACUUUUCCCUGUUGGUCCCCUUCUGUCUUCCUCUCCUUCCCAUCCUCUUCUACCAUUUUUUUUAUCUCUUCUUCCACCAUGGAAUUAAUUUCUUUCAUAUUUUUUGGUCAAGUAGGAUUGAGAGGGUCCCACACCCCCCUCUUCUUCCAUUUCCUCACCAUCCCAUUCUCCCUUCCUCUCUGGUCUUCAU